UCUAAUAGGAGGAAGAUUAAAAGGGAAACAAUUUUUAGGAAUAAUCCUGGGCUGCUGUUGACAAAAGCAAAGCAGAAGAAAAGGCGAAAAAGAAACAAAAAAAUGAAAAGCAAUCCUAGAGAAAUUACAAAGAAAAUGUUAGACGCAGCAGCUCAGCAUCCGAUUCCAGAUGACCAAGACACUUCAGAAAGUGAAGAGGAGUUAGGAGAAGAAACCAAUAAAUCAUUGUGUAUAUUCAGCAAAGGUCCAGAGGAUCCAGUAGCAGUUUGUGAAGAGCAGCGUAGUGGUGGUGAUGAAAGCCUAAAAGAAGUUGCAGUGGUUUCAAUAGAAAGGUUUCCUGUUGCUGUGUCUGAGGUCUCAACAAUGUCGAACAAUGCAUUGAAAAAUGAAUUGCCUGUAGAAAGUGACAGAUCACUUUUAAUACAUGUAAAACCUUUUACUAUUGAAAGCCUAACCAAAAAUGAUGAUGGGGAAACAAACCAAAGGCAUGAACAAAAUGUUUGCAAAAUCAGUUUCCUAAAAAUAAGCAACGAUGAAAAUUCCAUCCGUGAAGCAGAAGGCAUCUCUGAAGAUGAUAACAUGCCACUGUUAAGCACAGAGAACAAACCCAGAUCAAAUCAAAUUACGUGUCAACCUGAUGUGGAAGCUAAGCUGUUGAAUUUAAAUGAUGAAGAAAAAGAAAUCUCUCUGUGUUACAAUUCAAAGGUAUGUGAUACCAUGCCUGAUGAUAACACAGAGGACAAAGGUGCUUUAGAAGAUGAAGAGACUAGUUCUGAUGCCUGUGCCUUUUUUUCAAUUAAUUUACCUACUGAGGAAUUGCAGUUGGGCUUUGAUACCCAAGUCUCUGUCUCCUCUUGCUCUAAGGAUAAAUUUGUAGAUGAAGAAAGACCCCUCAAAAUGAGGAAACCUAAACAGACUCAUACAAACAGUUCAACCCAGCUAAACUGCUUUUGGUCAAAGGAAGGAUUGGUGAAGGAAAACCAUCAGGUAACAGUAACUGAGGAGGCUGAUGAUGUAAUAAACAGUAGUCUGUUGGCAUGCACAGCAGGUGAAGUGCACUUUGAUUCCCAUCUGGAAGCCAGGGCUACCUUCAUGCAGUGUUUGAGUGAAGUAAAUGUUCCAAGCAAUGAUGCCUCACCAAUUACAUUGAAGACGAAAAGAUGCAGAAAAAUUGUUAACUUGGCACCAAAGUUUAAUCUACCAAGGCAGAUUGCUGAUAGUACAGAGGAAGCGAAGAAAGUUCCAAUAAAAGAUGAUGUUACCAAAAAAAGUGAUUUGGAAUUAGGGCAAAAGAGCUUUCUGAGCAAGAGCUGUGGAGAGGAAUGUGAACAGGGCUAUGCACUGCAGGGCGCCGAGGCAACGUGUUCCUUACCCACGCUGGAUACAAAUGCUCUGUUACAUGAUAUUUCUUACAUUCAUUUGGGACAAUCUUCUACACCAAAGUAUUCCUGUGCGGUUUGUGACGUUCCCGAGGUAAAGGAGGAGCGAGAUAGAACUCUUAAGCAACAACAGGUAGUUGAUAAAAAAGAGAGUGAGAGUGAACAAGUUUCUUCGGAAGUUACAAAUAGCCAACCAGAUAUUUUGUCUUAUGUUGUUUCUGAGAAACCAGAAAAUUCUAGUAUAUUGGCAAGCUGCCUUGAAAAUGUGCCCAAAGCAGAUGACCUUGAGCCAGCAGAGGCCUCACAACUUGAAGAUAAUCAAGAUGUUAAUCUGAAAUGUAGUUUUCUGGGACUUCCCUUAUCAUUAGGAUUUGCUUUUCAACUUGUGCAGCUCUUUGGUUCUCCAGGUCUUCCACUGGAAUCCUUGUUGCCAGAUGAUUAUAUAGUUCCUCUUGACCGGAAAGUUUCAAAGAUGAUCUAUUUACUGUGGAAGACCUCUGUGGAGGAAAAACAGAAACCAAAUGGAUCACAGAAUGGAAAUGCCUUGGCUGGUGAUAUUGUUAGACUUGAAGACCUGAAUAAAAAUCACCAAGAGAAUCAAGACUCUUCUGAAUCACUACCAGAAAGGAAGCUGUUGCAGGGAGGGACAGAGGAGAACAUUGUGACCUACAGUGACGCUGCCUGUGUGGAUGCUGUGUUUCAGCAGUCAUGAAUGACCAUCUUAAAUUCUCCAUGAAGGAAAGAAACUUUUCAUGUUGAUUCCACCAUGGAAGGACUUCAGUUGGCCACCAAGGAUAUCAAAUGUUGAGGAAUAACCUGGAAGAAAGUAACCACUGUAGAUUUUUGGUGUGAAUCUCUGUCCACCUUUCCCCUGCCCCCCACAGUCCCCCAAUAUCAAUCUCUCCAUCCAAGUAAUAAAAAUCAAAACUAAGGUAACUUUGUUGCGUGUGGCAAAAGGUUGGUUUUUCAAGCUAUUUGUGAUUUAGACCUUCUCAGUACAUUGAUGGUGGCACAAAGACAUUGAGAGCAGAGACCAGUAAGCAGAAAGGAGGUGUCUGUCACAUAAGUUAUAAGCUUCAGGCUCUGGUAUUUAAGUCAUUUGUAUCAGGGUCUGAGAUGCUGUCACAUGAACCAGUACAUGAACUGGUAGUGAUGCCUUCCUGCAGGGAAAGGUGACUGCAGUGUCUUACCCUACUUGUGCCUUUCAUCCUCUCAGUCCCAGACUCUUUAUGACCUCUGGUGAAAUAAAUUAUCAGUCACUCCUGUUCUGUCGUCCACAACUUACCCUUUCUUUUGCUGAACCCAGGCUUAAUGCUCCCAUUCCACUCGACUCAUUUGAAACUACAGAAAUAAGGAGAAAAUUUCUCUACAGAUAGAGUUAGAACACACUGGAGGAAGGAUGGAUAUGGCUUGUGGCAGACUGCUAAGGCCUAUAACUAGCAUGGCUAACAAGUGAUUUGAUGUUUCUGUUAGUGGUAUUCCUUUUGCCAACUUUUACUUAAAAUCUUAUGAUGUGAGGAGAAAUUUAACCUACAAGUUGUUGUUUCCUUUUUUAAAAUCUUUGAAUAUUGAGGGUUUCCUUCAGAAUUAAGAGUGACAUUUUUCCCUCAACUCAAACAGUAACCUUACCAGUAACACUUCUGUUAGUGAGGAAGUGAUCCCAGCAGCACAGGUGGAGUGUUGAUUUCUCAGUGAAGACGAGCAUCAGAAAUUAAUAAAACCUUAACAGUAAAAAAAUUCUCAUAUAAGUGUCUAUGUAAAGCCUGCAUGAGCAUCAACAAAGUGAGAAAUAUUUAUAUCACUCUACAGUGAGAUAAAUUACACAGGUGAUGAAUUUCAUCCCGUAUUUUUAAAACACAGUUUCAUGGUUUGGGAGUUUGUUUUCAAGGUGCAAUUGGAUUAGUUUAUGUUCUCUUUCCUUUGGAAGCUGUAAACAGGGCACAGCAGUUCUUUGUUGCUUUUGUGGAGAAGCACAAAUUUGCUCUGAUGUAUUGCUGUGGCCCAUAAAAUGUUGCAACACACUCUGUGCAUCUAUCUUUCAAGUGGUGCUUGUGAUGCCUGGGAAUGGAGUGCUAAGAGUACAGUCAGCUGAUGAUGCCAAAGUGGCUGGCACUUGCACCUGAGGAAGGACAUGAGUGUAACCACAAACAAGAGGAGGAAAGCAGAAAGCCAAGAGGUGGGGUGAGGUGGACCAGAAAGAGAAGGGACUUAUCAGGGCAGGGGAGGAUCAUGAAAGAUAGCUAUUUAUGAGAAAAAUCACAGAGACAGGUAGCAAAUAAUAAAAGUGAGACAGGCAACAGAGAAUGGAGGGAGGUAAAAGGACAAAUUAAGUGAGACCUUAAUCAUCAGAAAAUUAAUCAGGAAGAGCAACUUUGCCAAUUAAGAGACAUACGUAAGGCUGGAAAUUUAUGGUUAAAAGGGUGACAAAAGGUCAGUAAGGCGAAGCAAGGAAGCUUAGGUUAUGUGGACUUGUCAGAAAAUAGUGUUUUCCACUUCCACACUUUCCAGAUCCACAAUAUUUAUCUAUUUAUUCAUUCAUCUCUUCCUCAUCUUUCCCUGCACCCUCUUCAUUGGGCAUCAGCCGAAGUGCCAGUACCUGACUGCAGUCACACUCUGCUCCACUGUGGUCUAAAUUGCCAAUGUGCCUCCACUUUUCACUUAAAUAAGCACUGUGUAUAUGUGUAAGCAGUUAAAGAUGUAUGUAUUCCCAAAUUAAUGUUGUGCCAAGGGCAAGAUUUCCUGGCUGCACCUUUCCGUGUAUUUCUGAUGUACGUGUUUGAUUAUUUUUCCUUUCUUUGUUUGGAAGUGUGCUGCUCCUCAGCCAGCAGAAUGUUAUGCAAAAUGUACUGGGGAGGAGGAAGGUAAUUAGUGCUGGCCAAAACCAAACCUUUGCAACUUACCUGAGGUACCAGUGACAAAAGAAAAGUUAGUUUGAUUUCACGAAAAUGCUACUCGGUCAUUACUGUUUGCUUUCUGCCUUUAUUUAUUGAGAGAAAUCUGAAUGUCCAUCUUUUUUCUGUUACUGAAGUCCGACCUUCCAU